CUUUCAGUGCUUCAGCUCUUCUGCAGUUCUCCCAAGCCCGUCCUGAGAUACGCUGCCGUCAGGACCCUUAAUAAGGUGGCCAUGAAGCAUCCCUCGGCAGUGACGGCCUGCAAUUUGGACCUGGAGAAUCUUAUCACCGAUUCCAACCGCAGCAUCGCCACGCUGGCCAUCACCACCCUACUGAAGACGGGCAGCGAGAGCAGCGUGGACCGGCUGAUGAAGCAGAUUUCCUCCUUCGUCUCGGAGAUAUCGGAUGAGUUCAAGGUGGUGGUCGUCCAAGCCAUCAGUGCUCUGUGCCAGAAAUAUCCCCGGAAACACAGCGUCAUGAUGACCUUCCUGUCCAACAUGCUUCGGGAUGACGGCGGCUUCGAAUACAAGCGGGCCAUUGUGGACUGCAUCACAGACAUCAUCGAGGAGAACCCCGAAAGCAAAGAGCCAGGCUUGGCCCAUCUGUGCGAGUUCAUCGAAGACUGCGAGCACACGGUGCUGGCCACCAAGAUCCUCCACCUGCUGGGCAAGGAGGGGCCCAGGACCCCCUCCCCUUCCAAGUAUAUCCGCUUCAUCUUCAACCGGGUGGUGCUGGAGAACGAAGCCGUUCGGGCCGCGGCCGUCAGUGCUUUGGCCAAAUUCGGGGCCCAGAAUGAGAGUCUCCUGCCUAGCAUUUUGGUGCUCCUGCAGAGGUGUGUGAUGGACACUGAUGACGAAGUCCGGGACCGAGCCACUUUCUACCUGAGCGUGCUGCAGCAGAGGCAGCUGACUCUCAACGCCGCCUACAUCUUUAACGGUCUGACCGUCUCCAUUCCUGGCAUGGAAAAGGCCUUGCACCAGUACACCCUGGAGCCUUCGGACAAGCCUUUCGACAUGAGGUCCGUGCCGCUGGCCACCGCCCCGGUCUUUGAGCAGAAAGCAGAGAUUUCCAUGAUGGCCAACAAGCCUGAAAAAAUGGCUCCUUCACGACAAGACAUAUUCCAGGAACAACUGGCAGCCAUUCCUGAAUUCAAGAACCUGGGCCCGCUGUUCAAGUCGUCCGAAGCCGUGCAGCUGACGGAGGCUGAGACGGAGUAUUUUGUCCGCUGUAUUAAGCACGUCUUUGCGAAUCACGUUGUCUUCCAGUUUGAUUGCACCAACACCCUGAACGACCAGCUCCUGGGAAAAGUGACGGUUCAGAUGGAGCCUUCGGAAGCCUACGAAGUCCUCCGUUGCAUCCCGGCUCCCAGCCUUUCAUACAACCAACCAGGCAUGUGCUACACCCUGGUGCGGCUACCUCUGGACGACCCCACCGCAGUGGCCUGCACCUUUAGCUGCACCAUGAAGUUCACAGUUCGAGACUGCGACCCCAACACCGGCGUGCCGGAUGAUGACGGUUAUGACGACGAAUACGUGCUGGAGGACCUGGAGCUGACUCUCUCCGACCACAUCCAGAGAGUCCUGAAGCCCAACUUCGCGGCCGCCUGGGAGGAGGUGGGCGAUGACUACGAGAAGGAGGAGACAUUCGCACUCAGCACCAUUAAAAGCCUGGAGGAAGCUGUGAACAACAUUGUGAAGUUCCUCGGCAUGCAACCUUGUGAGAGAUCGGAUAAAGUGCCCGAGAACAAGAAUUCCCACACCCUCUACCUGGCAGGUAUGUUCAGAGGCGGCUUCGAUGUCCUGGUCAGAGCCCGACUGGCUCUCGGCGACGGCGUGACCAUGCAGGUGACCGUCCGGAGCAUCGUAGAAACCCCCGUGGACGUCAUCUUGGCUUCCGUCGGCUAACCGUCGUAACCCGUCCGAUCCCGAGGCGGCCCCAUCCCGAAUCCUCUCCCGUUCGGCAAGGCGCAACCAAGGAUCCGCGGCGGUACAUUGAGUUCGUUCAUUCGCUCGCUCGCUGAUUCCCUUCGAUGGUGAUUCGUGUCUCAAGGAAUUUUGGGCAUUUUUCAUGCGUUUCUCCCCCCGAGGCCAGGGAAAACUCUGCCCCAUCUUCAUUUCUGGUUAUAUAAAUUAUUGCCUCCGUGCCGCCGGUGAGAUUUAAAAAAAAGGGGGGGGUGUCCUUUUUUUUUCUUUUCUUUUUUUUUAAAAAAAAAGCGGUUCCCGAAAUGGAUUUUUUUAUUGGCCACCAAUAAAUGGGCUAUCUCAGCACUUCCAGAUGUUUUUCCAUGGGUCUGAAUAAUAAAACCCCUUCA